ACAAUCACGCGAGAAUACAUACAGUUUUAAAUUUUAUCAAAUAUAUAAAUCGGAUCUCUCUGUCGUUGAAAAGAAAUUUCAGAAAUCUGUAAACAGGGAGAAAUGGCGAGUGGUGGAAAAGUGUCUUUCAAAGUCACUCUUACAUCCGAUCCAAAGCUCCCUUUCAAAGUGUUUAGCGUUCCUGAAGCAGCCCCAUUUACGGCUGUUUUGAAAUUCGCAGCCGAGGAAUUCAAAGUCCCUCCCCAAACCAGCGCUAUCAUCACCAACGAUGGUGUGGGAAUCAAUCCUCAGCAAAGUGCAGGAAAUGUCUUUCUCAAACACGGUUCGGAGCUUCGCCUGAUUCCCCGUGACAGGGUGGGAGCCUUUUGAAUGCUUAAAAACUUAACACUAGUGUAUCACCACCUUUAAUUAUGGAUCUAUUUUCUUGACAUGAUUGAACUUUUACUGUGUAAACCAUAGCUGAUAACAUAUAUUUGGAAUAAAAAUGAUAUAAUGGGUAUGUAGUUUAUA